AUGAGAAGACCAAGAGAAGCAGUUCUUCGGAUGCUGCUGACACUUGCAGCAGCAGCAACGAAUGCAGAAACCUCAAACUGCUCGGACAAGUGCGGCCAAGUGCUUGUCCAGUAUCCCUUCGGCAUCGAGCCAGGUUGCUACAGAGAUGGAUUCGCCAUCACAUGCGACCGCUCGGAUGGCAACUCCCCCAUAGCUUUCCUCGGCACGAGCGACAUCGAGGUGACCGAGAUCUCGCUGCUGCACGGCCAGUCUCGCGUGAAGGCUCAAGUAAGUUGGGAGUGCUACAACGAGACCGCCGUGGAGAGCACCAACUCCAACUUACCAUCCAAAAGCUUCGAUGUCAAUGGAAUAUACAAGAUCUCCGACGGCAGCAAUAAGUUCACUCUUAUCGGCUGCAACUCAAUGGCAUAUCUACGAAGCCAGCAGACGGCCGACGGCCCCUAUCCCUAUGUCUACUAUACUGGCUGCUUAUCGUACUGUGAAGAUACAAGCAAAGUCAUCAAUGGGGUUUGCAAUGGCAUAGGAUGCUGCCAAACCAGCAUCCCGUCAAGGCCUCAGUGA